GCUAUCUCCUGCCCGGCGGCUCCUCCUGCCCUGCUCUCCUAUUCUGCUCUUCUGCCCUUCUCCUCUCUUGCCUUUGCCGCCGCCUCCCGAUGGAGAGCGGCUCCCCGGCCGUGAGGGGCGCGGCCCACUCCCGGGGAGCGCCGCCCCGCUGAGCCGGGAGUGCCCGGUACAAGCCCCAACAAGCGSGGUCUGGGCUGGGAUUUCCAAAACCUGUAUGGUUUUGAAAUUGAACAAAAGACUGGAAAUCGGAAUAAUCUUUGCAUUUCUUUGAAUAAGAAGUAAUAAUGGAACGAAGGCAGAGAGGAGUCAGUCCUGGACUGAUUUUGCUGCUUUAUCAAAUUUCUCAAGUUGGACUCCAGAACAUUCCUUCUGUUACCCUUGGGGUACUUGCACUGAAUAUUUUUCUCUUUCUGAAUCCUUUGAGGCCACUGCCUGAAGUGUGUCUCAGUGUAAGUGAAGCCCUCCACAGAAGGAACUGGCACCGUUUGCUGCUUGCUCCUUUCCACCAUGCAGAUGAUUGGCAUUUGUAUUAUAACAUGAUUUCCAUGCUUUGGAAGGGGAUAAUGCUGGAAAGAAAACUUAAGAGCAUAUGGUUUGCCUACACAAUUGCAGUAUUUUCAGURCUUAUUGGAGUAGUUUAUAUGGUGCUGGAACUCCUUCUUGUGAUAAUUCUGGAUGAUCCUUCCUAUGAAAUGAAUUGUGGUGUAGGUUUUUCAGGAGUCUUGUUUGCUUUAAAAGUUCUAAACAACCAUUACAAUCCAGGAAGAGUGAGCACUGUCUUUGGACUGCCAAUAUCCAGUAAAUAUGCUUGUUGGGUGGAGCUGGUGGCUAUUCAUCUAAUCUCCCCAGGGACUUCUUUUGCUGGGCAUCUGGCAGGGAUUCUCGUUGGAUUGAUGUACACUAUGGGACCUCUGAAAAAGAUCAUGCAGGCCUGUACAGCUGGUGUUACUUUCUUCACUGAGCCUAACAGGCCGAGGGACUACUAUUCAGAGUAUUAUGGCUAUUAUCCAGAUUAUCAAUACAGAACUCCAAGGAACUACUUUGAUUAUACAGGUGGGCUCACUGAAGAAGAACAGCUUGAAAGGGCAGUGCUAAACAGUCUUAAUGAAAGAGAUUUUGGUGGAGGAACCCACAAUAACGAGAGGCGACCUUACGGAUUUUGGUUCCCACCUGAGCACCCAGAAGAGGAAAUCAGAAGGCAAAGGCUGCGUAGGUUUGACAGACGAUGAAGUUGGCAGGUGUUGAUGUAAAUUGUAAAGUGCUAUUCAGACUUACCAAAAUAUGUACAGAUUUAUUUGUAAWUUGUAUUUAUGAUCUGUCUUCAUUAUUUUUACUACUUGUUGCAAAACUGCAGAGGAUUUAGGGAGUUCAGACCUGAGGCUGGAACUUGAAUAAGAAGUGSGAUAUAAGAAUCAAAAUGUGAUCUUUGGCUGUCUCCAUCUUAAUGCACYUUAAAUAUGGAAGAAGACUGAUAGUUUUACCAAAUUGUCUUUUUUUUUCCUUAUAUUGUGAAGCUUUAAGAAUUCCUUGUUAUCUUGACUGCUGGUGUUCUCGGGCAGCAGGUUUUCUUCAUCCAGUGCAGCUGAAAUGUUACAUUUUCUAUGUAACUUUAAAACUAUGCARUUUUCCCUUUCUCAGUUACCUGUGAUGACCAGCUCAUUUUUUGGGAUUGCCAUGUGAAAUGACACUUGAAAAGAUUGCUUUGAUACAGCGGCUAGCUGGGUUGUGUGAGUCUAGGCUGAAGCUUUUGAGCAGCCUUCCAAAAUGUGUGACAAAUAGUUGCAGCUGUCCUUACCAAGGAAUUAUUUAAUACAAAUUUCAGUGUUGCAGUCUUYGUCAAAACACACUGUAUUAUCUAGAGCUUGUAUGUGAUGAAACUGGGUUGUAACUACUUACGAUUUCUUAAGGCCUUUCUUAAUAUUUAUGUUUUAAAUCAAAAACUGCUGCCCUUUACAGAGCUGAAAUAAUUUGUUAGGAGUUUUGUGUAAAGUUAGGUGGCUACUCCAUAUAAACCAUAUAUUUAUUUAAUAAUAUAUUUUUUUAAAGCAUCUAUUUCCCAUUGAAAGAAGGCUUGGAAAUGUUAAUUUCUAUAUUCUGUUCAUGCAGCUUUACAAAUUCCACUAUUUUUCAAUUUACAAUUUCCACUAUUUGUCUUGUUUGAAGACCACUAACAGAUCUGAGAGUUUGUGGACUUGUGGAGAUCAUGCCUAAAACCAGGCUACCUUCAAUUCUACGUUUUCUAGAAUUUCCCUGCCCAACCACAGGAGCUGAGAGGAGACUGAGAGCUCAGUUAUCCCUCUGGGCAGACCUUCCACACGAGGCCACCCUGCCUGUGGCACUGCUGCCUGUUAAUGGUAACUAAUAAGCCUGGGGAGGGUCUGGUUCCAAUAUCACCCUGGAAAAUCACUCCUUGUCCAGGCAUUUUAUCUUCACAAUGAAGGAAAUUUGUGAUGUUCCUCCCAAACUAUUCCUAGUCUUGGAGAUGUGUGAUUGCAGAAGAACAAUUUGGUGACUUUUGACACAGACCUGUUGGAAUCUUCUCAUCAGCACUGAUGGAGUAGGGCAUUAGGAUGAGCAAUUUAAGGGUUUCACCAAAGUGUGCUUUAUGAAGUCUAUUUUUCCAUGAGGUAUCUUUUGAAUAUAAAAAGCAGUGCUGUAUUUUUCAUAUAGAAAAAUAUCCUAUUUUUUUUUUUUACUGUGCUCUUUAAAUGAAUAAUACUAAACCUGUUUGUUUGUAGCUCAUGUAUGUAGGGGAAGCUCUUGUUUUCUGGGAAAAGCACAAUAUCAGGAUGCAGACUUUGGGCUCGGGGUUUUGGGACUCAACAGGCACAACURCAAUGGGACUUCAGGUACAGAGAGAAUGCAGAUUUCUGGUGUGUCCUUGGGUUUGGUUGUUUCUGUAUAUAUGCAAUAGCCAUAGAAUAAAACAGCAGACACCUUUAUAGAAGGCCAGUGUUUUUAUGUUCACAGAAAAUAAGUCUCAAAAACCUGAAUAUUUUUCUCAGCAGGUAAUGAUUARAUGUAAAUGAGAAGAAUGUAGUAUUGGUUCCUCAGCAAUCUUUUAAUGCUGUGGUCAAAAGUUGCAGUGUAAUGCACAGUGUGUGUUAAGCUCUGUUAUUUUACUUUUUUAAAAGCACAGGAUGAGCUGCUAGUCAAGUGAAAAAAAGAUACUUAAGGGAAAUAAAAAACCCAAUUACAAUUCUAUAAGCACUUGGUUUUGUAAAGUGAGCUCAGAAAUACAUGCCAUUAAAUAUUCACAAAAAUUGUCAGUACUAAUAWAUGUUCUGUUGUUUUGACAUUUUUUGUAUAUAGAAUUUAAAUAAAUAUUUUUGUAACAUUUGAAGCUGUUUGGUUUUAAUUGUAGUAAUGAAUAAGGUAUAUAUUUUAAAUGACAGAGCUGCUGCCACAUUGUUAGAAAUUAAGACUUGUGAUACCAAGGGGGCAGAUUGAUUGUAUUGGGACU